AGCAAAAUCACCUACUCCAUUUAUCACAAUCUUCUGCACACCAGAGUUCCCAACAACAAUGGCCAUGGAUAUUGCAUUCUCAGAAGAAGAGGUGGCUAUCGACGAGGGCCUUGGGUACCCCAAAGCCUACGCGAAGCUCUGUUGGAAUCGCGGUCUUGGUCCAUACAGCCAUGGCCCUCCUUUCACCUUCACGCCCUAUAUUCUGCAGCAACAUGAGGCUCUGAGAGCAAGGGAAUUGGAUCAGAUGUUCCCAAUUAUAGAUCCCAAAGCGAAACCAACCACCAAGCCCAAGAUUUUUAUCAGUCUCCUCUGGAAACAACUCAACCACCUAGGGAAUGCUGGCUUUGACCCUGCAAUAUUUCGGGUUGAUCCUUAUGGCAAUGUUCUAUAUUAUCAUGCUGAUUCGGCCUCCCCGCUAGCCUGGGAUAUAGAUCAUUGGUUUCCCUGCUCAAGAGGAGGAUUGACUGUGCCCAGCAAUUUGAGGAUAUUGCAGUGGCAAGUGUGCAAGAGGAAGCAUAACAAGCUGGAAUUUCUAGUUCCAUGGUGGGAUCUUCAAUUAGGCAUCUCCAUUAACCAGUUCUUAUCGAUAUUUGCUUCUUCUAACUCAGACUUCAGGCACAGGGCAUUUUCAUUGCUCUUCUUUGAAGGGGAAAAUGAAGAAUUAAAUGAUUCACAUACAGUAGAAUCGCAUAGUUUUCCACACCAUUUCAUUGAAUCCAAAGAGCAAGUAGGCCUUGCUCCUGCUGCUGUUGUUUUAUCUCGAAGAGAAUCCCGGGAUCCUUCACCAGCUCUGAAAUCCCUGGAUUUCAAUAGGCAGCCAAGGCCAAACUCCCCUAUAGUUGCUGCCAGGAAAAUGAAACAUAGUUUCUCCAAAGAAAAUGAAAACCCAGACAUGGUUACCAACCCAUAUCAAGCCAUUGUCAUGGCCAGAGAUUCCCUGAAACAAAGAGAAGAAGCCGCAAAAAUGCAAGGAGAAAUACAGAAAUUGGAUGAUGAAGUGAACGACUUGAAGCAAAAGAAUGAAGAGGAAAAGGUCUUGAUUCAAGACUUGGAAUACCAGCUCAUAAAGCGUAGGAGACGGGCCGAAAAGUGUAGGCGCCUAGCAGAGGCACAAUCUUCAUAUAGGAUCAUGUUAGAGAAGAUGAUUCGAGAUGCCAUGCACCAGAGUGUCAUCUACAAGGAACAAGUGAGACUGAACCAGGCAGCAACAAAUGCUCUCAUGGCAAGGCUUGAAGCACAGAAGGCUAUUUGUGAUGCCUCGGAGAAGGAACUCCACAAAAAAUUCAAACAAAGGGAUGAGAUUGAGUACCAGAUAAGACCCGAGUGGGAGCAAGGAAGGAAGAGGUCGAGAAUGGAUGACACCUUACAUGAAGACGGAGACAACAAAACUGUUUUGUGUUUACCAGGAAUCAAGCCAAGUAGUGCACUUUCACACAAGGAACUGAGGGUGUUUCUAGAGGAGGAGCAGAAAGCAUCUGAGGCUGCCUUGUCUCUGAUUGAGGAAAGAAAGCAAGAAGAAAUAGAAGAGGAAACUGAAGAAAAUGUGGAUGGUAGGGAGAAGCCUGAGGAGACACGUCUCUCCAUUGUUGCAGUGGAGGAUGAAAACACAAUUGAGGAGAGGCUUCAGGCAUUAGAAAUUGGAGAAGGGAAGAACUAUAACACCCAAUUCCCGGUUCUUCGAGAACCGGAAAUAGAGGAGGACGAAGAGUGCAGGAAGCAGCGUGGGAAAGGAAAUGUAGAGAAGUGGCUCCAGAUGCUGUUAGAGAACACUCAAGAAGAAGGGUUUGGCUCUAACAAUGCCCAGGAACAUGAAACAAGCAGGACUGAUGAAGUAAUCAGACAACUAAAUCUCAAGUAUCCCCACAACCAGACAAAGUUCCCAGAAUCAGAGAACAAGCAGCAAAAAAUCCGGGGGAGGAAAGAUCAGUGGAAGGGGAAGGAACCGAUUGUUGAGAAGGAUGGUAAUAGUAAUACAGUGUCUGAGAACCUUCCCAACCUACUUCCUUCAGAUAAAAGCUAUGCAGAUGGGGUGGUGGGUAGCAUUGGUAAAGGAGUUGGGAGUAGCAAGAGCUUUGAAGGGAAGGAAAGAAGGGGGGAGAGAAGCCGAAAGGACAGGGGGCUUGUGAGAAGCGAGAGUGCCAGGGCCUUUCGACCAACCCCAUCAUCUCCAUCUGUGAUCUUGACCAUGAAAAAGGGAGUGGAUUGCAUAGGGAAGAAGCCCAUGGUAACCAGUGAUGAUGAGGAUGAGGAUGGAGUCGUUCAUAACAACUUCCUGAAGUCAUCCAUCAAAACCAUCAAGAAGGUGGUGAAGAUGUAAAACAGGAAGAUCACAGCUUAGUGUCACACUGUGUGGUUAGGAAACAUCUAAAGUCUUGUGACAUUAGUCUCUGUUUGCAUUGAAUCUUCAUUUUUUAGUAAGGAUGCUGGCAAAGUAGCUCCUUCAAGCGCUUAAUAAUGGUGUGAAAUUUAGGUGUUUAUUGUGUUUGAUUUUGUGUAUAAGACUGAUUGUUCUAUAUAUAUAAUAACAGCUUGUUGUUUGAUCAGCUAAA